AUGAGUUCUUUGGAUCGGCGAUCGGCUUCCCGUACUAAGCGAAGCAGUGCAAAUGCGCAAAUGCCAUCAACCAAUUUCCCGGAGACUUCCCCCACUCUCCAAUCUCUGUCCCCUCCGCCUUCCCUCACUCCGCUCCUUCAACGCCCAACCUUCCCCUCCUUGCAUGUGAACUCUGGGUGGCUGAGAUGGACUGCGGAUCGAGCCGCCGUCAUCAUGAACAGCUCCGGCAACAAGGACUUUCGUGAUCAGCUGGGCAAGUUCCGGCUAGAAUCAAUGGGGCCGUCCCCGACGGCUUGGUCGCAAUCCACCGUACAGCCCCCCGCCGACCCCGUAUCUGCAGCUCUUGUCGCAUCCACCGCAGCUUCACGCACAAAACGGGUGUCCACGGCCUGCGACUUUUGUCGCAAACGCAAGAAAAAAUGUGACUUUCGAUAUCCGAACUGUUCCGCCUGCUCCCGUGCUGGACUCCGUUGUACCAUUCCUCCCCCCGGUCCACAAGCCGCCAACUCAUCCGUGCCCCGAGACCAGCUUGAAACCCUUCAGAAACGAGUACAAUGGUUGGAGGACUUGGUGCGGCAGAAAUCGGGCAUCGCAGUCGCGGAACUGCCGACGGGUGCCCCUGUGGAUGGAGCGGGAGAUGUGGACUUCUGGUAUCAAGUGCCGGCCAUGAUUGCUACUGGGAGUCGUGUCUCUGCCACAUCAGUUCCCAGUCCACAUGGCAGCGGAAACUCGUCGGGAGCGACCGUACCCACGGCUGAGCCAUCCACUGGAGUCGCGGCUGAGCUGCCAAACGUGGGGGAGAUAUUCAGAGAUCAGCUAGAGAAUCGCCGCCCUUCUAUCGCGCGUCCCUCGGUCGCACCCCAGGUGCUACGUCUGUCAUCUCAGGAGGAGGCCGAGCAGGUGGUUGGUCAAUACUUUGAUAGCAUGGGCUAUCAGUACCCUUUUAUGGCGCGAUCUGAAUUUUUGGCUCAUCUGCAUGAUAUCUAUUCGGGCAGCGAACCUUCGCCAGAAGUGCAUAACGCCUAUCAUAUAAUCAUUGCCAUUUCGCUGUUGAUCGGUUCGGCGGAUCCCACUCGGGCGGCUGAGUUUUACCGGGCGAGCCAGGAGACACUCCCAGCUGCACUGCAGAAUGAAGACCUUCCCGCCGUUCGGGCUUUACUCGGGCUGGCUCUCUAUACUAUGUUCGCUACUGCAGGUCCAAGUAUUUGGCAUGUGCUAGGAGCUGCCAUGCGGCUCGCUACGAGCCUGGGUCUUCAUAAGGCCCGAUCCUAUUCCAGUGUGGUCGAAGAGGAAAUGGCCAAACGGGCUUUCUGGAGUCUGUACAAUCUUGACCGACUCAUCGCGAGUACUCUGGGCCGCCCGCUGGGUAUCGCAGAUGAUGAUAUUAGUGUUGGUCUCCCACGAGAGCUGAACGAGGAUGGUACCGAAGCCCCUGGCGCUAGCGCGAUGACCAUCCCACUACAGGUGAUUCGUCUGCGUCGGAUCUUUUCACGGAUCUAUCGAUACUUAUACAACAACCAGCCACGUCCUCCAUCACAAGAGCUUAUCGCAACCAUGGAUCAAUUCCGACGUGAAGUGGACGAUUGGCGUAUGAAUGCUCCAGUCUACCCGCCCGCUCUCCUAUAUUCUACCUCCUAUUACGAUUAUUUGUAUUAUACAACCCUUCUUCUCAUGCAUCGGCCCAGCCCUCGCAAUCCCACGCCAGAUGUGACUAGUAUCGUCAGCUGUGGCGAUUCCAGCGUCCAAGUAAUCCGGUCUUACUGGGAAAGCUAUUCCGUUGGGAAGCUCAAAUGGAUCUGGUUAACGCUGAGUCAAGUCUACUUCGCGGGUAUCACUAUACUAUGGUGUUUGGAGCAGAAUGCGCGUUCAUUGCGUGACUCUCAACCUGCGCCGUGGUGCCCCGAUGAACAGAUGAUGCGACGUGGAAUCCAGGCAGUCGUGGUAUUAUUGGAAGAGUUUGGAAAACGAAGACCCGGAGUGAACCGCCUCGCAGAAACAUUCCGCCACCAAAGCACCGUGGUCUUCAGUCAAAUGGUUUAUCAACAGCAAAAACUGGAAGAGCAACAUCGUCAGCAGCAGCAGCAGCAGCAACAGCACCACCAUCAACAACACCAAAAUCAACAAACACAACCUCUCAUGCCCCCUCAGUCAUCAAUAUCACUAGCACCAACAUCGAUACCAGCACCGCCGGUUCCAUUGGCCCCUGUUUUGGACGAUGUAUUACUCGUUGAUGGCAGUGGAGCCAUGCCAAUGAUUGAUCCCCAAAUGGCGGAGCAAUUAUACUACUCUUAUAAUUGGUUUCAGGAGGAAAUGGCAACUUACUAUACCCUUUGA